AGUGUCGUACUUGUGCGCGGUCGUGCGCGACAGUCGGGAAGAUGCGACAGAAAGCGCUCCAUCGUUCCGUGUGAUGAGUUAAAGGGACGACGAGGCGUCCGUCUAUACGUCCGUUUGGGAGCGUCGCGACGAUUAUGCAGUCUCCUUUGCGUUGCCGUAAGAUCAGAUGAAGGAGCUUGACUUUUGUUCCUCGACAUCUCAAUUCGACGAUCGGAAUGGUUUCCCUGACGCGGGUUUCUUUCGUUGCGCUUCUCUAUGUUUUUUCAGCGAUUCUGACGCAUACAGCAGGGUCGCGUGUACUUGAGCUGAGUGAUAGAUUUCUAGAGGCACACAAAGAUGGGCAAUGGUUAAUUAUGAUGUAUGCACCAUGGUGUGCGCAUUGCAGAAGAUUGGAACCGAUCUGGUCUCAUGUUGCUCAACACUUGCACGCAUCGUCCAUACGAGUGGGAAAAGUGGAUUGCACUAGAUUUACCAGUGUAACAAAUACGUUCAAAAUUAAAGGAUUUCCUACUAUUUUAUUUUUAAAGGGCGAUCAGAAAUAUGUAUAUGAAGGUGACAGAACUAGAGAGGAAAUAGUGAAAUUCGCUUUAAGAUUAAGCGGUCCUCCCGUGCAGGAAAUAACAAAAACACAGAGUUUCGACAUCAUAAAGAAGGAACGCGAUCUCUAUUUCUUAUAUGUAGGAAACAGAGCUGGAAUUUUAUGGGAACUUUAUCACAAGAUUGCGAAUGUAUUUCAAGCGCAUGCAUUUUUCUAUCAAUCUCAUCUGAGCGUUGUGAAUAAACAUGUGCCUGUAAAUAAUGUUCCGGCAUUAUUUGUGUACAAGGAAAAUUCGCAUUAUAAUUUCACCGGACACAAUUUGAGCGACACGAGACAAGUGAAUGAAACACUUUAUAAGUGGGUGAAUGCAGAACGUUUUCCAACGUUUCCAAAAGUAACAAGAGGAAAUAUAAAUCAAUUAUUCUUAACAAAUAAGAAUCUCGUUUUAGCGGUUGUAGAGGAAAAUCAAUUGGAAGAGCUCGCGCCUGAUAUGCUGAAAUUCAAAAACAUGAUUGAAUCUGUGAUCAAGAAUAAACGAAAUAAGUAUCAUGAUCAUUUUCAGUUUGGUUGGAUAGGUAGUCCCAAUCUAGUCAAUAGCAUAGCAAUGAUGACACUACCUAUACCGAGCUUACUUGUGAUAAAUACAACUACUAAUCAUCAUCAUAUUCCUGAGGAUGAAACAGGAAAACUAACUCCAUACGUAAUAGAACUGUUCCUAGAGCAGAUUCGCAACGAGAGUGCUCCGCGAUAUGGUGGCAACAGUUGGCUAGUACGUAGUUAUAGAAAAUGGUUCGAAAUGAAAACUGUUCUGACUUCAAUGUGGAAGGGCAAUCCUAUCUUGAUGAUGGUCCUGCUUGGAUUACCGUUUGGAUUUCUGUCAUUAAUAUGUUACGGCAUUUGUUGUCCAGAUUUAUUGGACGCGAAAGACGAUGAAGAUGAGAAUAUUGGGAUGCAUCACAUGAAGAAUGAUUAAAAAUAAUUACUAUUUAAUAGAUAUAUUAUAACAGAAUUCCAAGACACAUUUUUCAUUAUGUAUAGUGUAUAUAAACGCUUAUGAUUGUAAUAUGUUUUUGACAA